AUGACGGUCAACGGUCUGGAACCACCAGCGAUGGUCGACAGUCCGGAACCAUCAGCGACGGUCGGCGGUCCAGAGACUUUAGCGACUGUCUGCGGUCCAGAGUCUCUAGCGACGGUCUGCGGUCCGGAACCUCCUGAGACGGUCAGUGGUCUGGAACCACCAGCGACGGUCGGCAUUCCGGAACCACCAGCGACGGUCGGCGGUCCAGAGACUUUAGCGACGGUCUGCGGUCCAGAGCCUCAAGCGACGGUCUGCGGUCAAGAGCCUCCAGCGACGUGUGGGAAUGUGAACUUUGCCAGAAGAACAAGCUGCAAUAGAUGCGGCAGGAAAAAGACAACAGAGGGAAAGAUGAUGAAAGCAGGAGUAACAGAGAUAGGCAAGACCCUGGCUGAGAAGAUUCUCUUUUGUGCGAACAAUUGGCAGUGUAAAAUCUGCUGCAAUGUGAACUGGGUCAGGAGGUCUGAGUUCAACAUGUGUAACACUCCUAAAUUUGCCAAGCAUGAGGAGAGAACAGGAUGUGGAGGGUUCAAUGAGCGGGAGAAUGUGGAGUACAUCGACCGAGAGGAAUCUGAUGGAGAAUAG